AACCUACAACUGGCAGGCAGAAGCAACCGAUCGAAGCCGGAACGGCCAGGACCAGGAGGCAAUCGACCACACGCAAGAAAAAACAGCCCAGGCCAAGCGACUUUUCUGAAUCCGUCUCCUGAAAGUGAAGCUCGGAGGAAACCAGCGACGGUGGCACGGCGACUCCCCCACCUAUAAUACAACCAAGCGUCCAGCUCACCGGGCUUAACACCAAAGCCAGCAACCAUUUCACCGGCGACAGUGGUAGUGAUUGGCAUCGCGUCGGGUUAACCAAAUGGAGGGGCUCAUCCCGUUCAUCUACAAGGCCAUCAAGGAGCGGCGGAGACGGAGCUACUCCAGGUGCAGCUCCACCGGCUCGGCGCACGGCCGGUUCGGGGCCCGCGUGGACCACGGCGUCUGGGAGCAGAAGCAGUGGGUGGCCCCGGCGGCCGAUGGCGGAGGCGGCAAGUUCUCCGCGGAGAGGGAGAUGACGCACCGCCGGCACCGGUCGCUGGAGGAGCUGGCCGGGGAGGUAGGAGGCUCGCCGGGGUGGCGGUCGGGCGCGCUGCCGAGGGGCCGGAGCGUCAGGAUCUUCUCGUGCAUCAGCGGCAUGUGAGGAUGAACUGGACGUGCAUGCGCGGGCGAGAACGCCUGGGUGCGUGCCGGAUGAAGAAAUUUGCUCGUUGUUCUUCCUUAGUUUUGAUGUACGAUUCAGGGGGUGGAGUAAGGAUUUAUGUAGCGACUGUACCGUGUUAUCCAACCAAGAUGUAUAUACACAUGAAUUUGUGAAGAUGUAAAUGAUGGUUUCUAUGCAUGUUA